AUGAAUGAUACUGUGGACAGUGUUUACCGUUUCGUUACCGAUCAAUCGUCAACAGCAUACAGCAAAAUGAAUUCCUUCGUUUCGUCGUUACGUCGCCGUCUGGAUAAGGUACUUACAGUUACCGCGCCUCCUAACUCCUUGCCGACGCAUUCUUCGUCUGUAGCAUCAAGAGAUGGUGAGAUUCUUUUGCUUAAAGAUACUAUAACAGACGCUUACCUUAUGCUUGCUAUGAUCGAUAACGAUAACAAAAAUAGUAUAAACGCUCAUUAUGAAUUAAAAGAAUGCUUGCAUGCUGCUGAAAAUUUACAAAGGCAAUCAUGCUCGCCGACGACUGCACGUCGUUUUAUUACUGAAAUUCGCUCAUUGAUGUCUUUAUCUCAUUCAGAUGAAUACUAUUCAUCCAAUCCCAAGUACGAUCAGAAUAGAAGACCGGAGAAAAAUCUCAAUGUUUAUGAUACAUUGAGUAAGCACCGUCCGCUCGCAAGAUCCAACCCCAAUGUACAAGAUGUCAGCAAACCUGUUGAGACGGGUAAGCCCGCUCAUAUCCAAAGACAUUCGCUUCGUAGCUCUAUGCGCCCAUCUACUGAUUCUCAAACGCCACACAUAUACGAAUCACUUGAUACACCGUCGCCCGAUCUCACUCCACCACUCGAUACGUCAUCGUCAGCACCUGAACCGUCGUUCGCUGCGUCGCCAAUAAUCAAAUCAUCGUACUUACUCCCAUCAUCCAUCGUGGUUCUCGAUCAUUUUACGACAAAUCUCUAUUUAGUGGUGAAUUCAACGUUAAAUCAGCUAUUAGUCGUGUUUGGAUCAACGAAAAUUCAUACUAUUAAAUUAUAUGACACUAACGGAAGAAAAAUUCACAAUAAUGAUCUAAUUCUACAAUACAGAUUCGAGGAUCUACAUGGAUAUAAAUUACUAUCGUCAGCACUAAACAAUAACUCGGAAAAUCGUCUGAUCGUCAAUGAAAUACGUGUGUACGUGACAGAAUCAUUAGAUGAAACAUCGUCAAAUCAAACGCUCAAACAACGCUUAUUAUUUUUUGAUCAAAAUGGUCAUUAUAUGUCAGCAUCAAAACGUUUACCGAUAACUAAUGAAUUGCUCUUUGUUGAUGUCGAUCGUUUAUCGCCAUCGAUCUUUGCCUAUGAUGGUUUGAAUCUUAUAAAUUUAGAUCGAAAUUGGUCGACGAAUGUUGAGCACAUCGAUAGUAUCGCUGCUGGUUCGAAUUUUCUCGUUUGUUUACAUACAAAAACGAAUCAAAUAAGUAUUUACAAUAGUCAAACAGGUUCAUUUAUAUAUCGCUGGUUAAUAUCAACAAAAAACAUUCACCAUCUCCAAACAGUUUCUUUGUGUGUAUCUCGUCAAGAUUUAAUCUAUGCUCUUGUAUGGAAUUGUGAUGUUCAUCCUGUAAAUAAUCUUGUUCUUGUGUUUGAUCAAGAAGGACAAUUACGCCGAGAAUAUUAUGUGCCAAAUCGUAUCAUGCCAAAUAUGCAUGGCUCAUAUACGUACGAUAUGACACUUGGUGGUGGUGGUGGCGGUGCUGCGGCGGCGGCGGUAGCCGCUCAUCAAGCACCCAAUCCAUUUGCUAAUUUGAUCCGUCGUUCAACAACUAAACCAACUCCGCAAACAUUGGCAUGGAUGCAACAACAAGCUAUGUGGAAUCCAAAUGGUCAACACCAUCCACAUAUGUGGCCAGCAAAUAGUUCAGGCCAUCAAAGAUCGCCGAUGCAGCCGAUCUACCAUCGAGGUAUGGGAAGAUCUUAUGAAAUGUACCAUCAUUCUCAACAACAGCAACAGCACGACGAUAAUACUUUGUUUCAUGCACGUUUUAUUGCUAUUACGGACGAUGAUACAUUGAUUCUUUCGAAUAUUAUCGAUCUUGGUCUAGACGAAGAAACACAAGAAACAGCGGUUGUUAACGUUAGUCGAAAGAUUUUAUUUUUUCAUAUUGAGCCCUGA